AUGGGCGUAAGCGCCCGCCUCGACCUGAACGUUCUAUGCCUCGGCUGUGGCGAUCUUCGGAAUGUUCUCUUCUCGCUCGUUGACGCAGAUCCCGAGACCACUAAACUGCGUCUGACCAUCAACGACUAUGACCCGCACGUGCUGGCGCGAAACAUCCUCAUCCUCGAUUGUAUCUACAACGGAUUCACCACGCAUGAGCAUGAUGAAGUUCAAGUUGAAGGUGCAAAGCAAGAGGAAGAGGUGGAGUUAACAGAAAAGAACAUAAAAAGAGGGGGCAACGGAACAAGCACAAAGCAGAACGUCGCUGAUUUGUCAAUCGAGGACGUUCGCGCGAUAUUUGCAAUAUGGUUCUCACUCGGGCUUACCGCGACCCAACGGAGCGCAUUGAACAGCAAAUUGAGGCACCUCAUCAACGAAAGUUCUUC